AGAAGCCAAAAAAAAUUUUUUUAGUUGAAUUAUUGUGAUAUAAAUUGUUGUUGCGACAAAGAUUGCAAUUAUGAGGAUAAAAUGGUCUUUGAAAAAUGCAAUAACGUAACAUACACCAAGCAGGACAUUCUUCCUUUUUGUAAUAGCGGGAUUAAUAAUUUUGAUUUUCAUCGUGAUAAUAAAUGGUGGAUUUUCGAUAAUAAUUUUCUUUGCGUCGAAAGAUCAAAUAUGCCCGAAGGAUACAACUACAACAAGCAAAAAAAGUCGUUGAAAGCACUUGAAAUUCUACAGCCUUAUUAUAAAGAUGACCAGCGUUAUUGGCCAAAUACCGACAAUAAUGUUAUUAAUAUUAAUUUUAACAAAAGCUUUUCCGAAAAAUUGAAAUUUGGUGGAAACGUUUGGCUUCUGAAAGACAACGAAAUUGUUUCCUUCGUUAUGUCGGACUCGUUUAUUACAAGUGCUUGUCUGAUAAAAAAAGAUGUAAAAUAUUUGGUGGAUGAUACCACGAGGUGCAGUUUAACUUCAGUUGAUAAUGAUAAUACUAAUAUUCAUGCAGAAACAUUUUAUAAGAAUUUGGUCUUUAUAUCAUCGCCUAAAGCUUUCAGUGUUUUAUGGGAUCGAAAAAAACAACCGAAAUGCCCGAAAAAUGUUUGCAUUUUUCCUAAGGUUUCAAUUUGCGACGAGAAUUUCGAAAAUUGUAAAGAUAAAUUAAUUGGUAAAGGCAAUUGUUCUUAUUCUUAUCGCGAAAACUUAAUGACUUGUAAAAAUAUCGUGAAAAAAAUAAUUUACGAAAUAUUCCAUAAGGGACAGGAGGGAAUAAUUCGGGUUAAUUUAAAAAUUAAUUUGCAAAACUUUUCGUACCCUUUCGGAUCCGAGAAUAUCGACUAUUUUCAAGAGUUAUCGGUGAAAUUUUAUUGGCACAAUUACAGGCUUAAUUAUUCCAAUUUAAUGAGCGGUAACCCGGGUUAUUUGAUCGGUAAACCCAUUCUGGUAACUCGUCUAAAUGGUACAUUUAAUUUUUCCGAAAUCGAAAACGUCAAUAUGUCUUUAUCGGUGUUGAGAAAUGACACAUUUUAUUUGGAAAAUUUCUUGGCUUUUCCUUCGUACAGUCAUAGACGUUGCGUUUUAAAUAAUCGGGAAAACACCCCAGUCGAAUUCGGAUAUAAUACGAUUUUGAAAUGUAGAAUAGAGGAACAAAUUAUUUCCAAAAACAAAUCGGCAAGCGAGAUAUGCAGAAACAUGCAAAAAAUUGUUUUCCAAUUUUGGUCUGUCUUCGAUGACAAUAACACCACGCGCGUUUUCGGAAAAUAUGGAAAUUCGGAUCGGACUAAAUCAGGCGAUUGGAUUAGCGGGUUUUUUACGAAAAGCUAUCGGAAUAUAAUGAACGUAACCCACGGCAAUUUUACCAAAAAUAAUAAAACUUUAUUGUGCUCCAAUUUGAAUACAAAACUUCGUGUGAACAUUUUCCAUUCGCGUAUCGAUUUUGAUGGAACUCAAAAUCAAGAAAUUGUAUUAGGAAUGCUAUUCAAUUUUACUGGGAUAAAAACUGGCCUGGAAUAUCAAAAUGGGAACAACAAAAGUAUAAUGUUUUCAACCCCUAUUGUGAUGGAGGUUGUUUUUCACGACAUAACUUCCAAAAGUGACCAGCAAACGAUGGAUGACAAUUUUGUUUCAUUGGAAAACAAAAAUUUACCUCACGAAUUUUUUUAUUCUCUUACUGGUGUCGUAAAAAAUGACGCAGACCUAAAUUUUAUUCUCAAUACAGUGCACUAUACUUUACUAAUUAUUUUGAUAAGAUAUUUGUUCUAAUUGUAAAUUGUAAGGCACAUUUAA